AUGAAUCAAAGAAGAGUCUUGAGUGAUUUUGCGAACACGAUGAAUAAAGAAAAGGGAUUAACUACACCAGGGUCGGUGGCCGUCGGCAAAGCAAAAGAAAUUGAUGACGAAUCUCUUGAGGAAACCAGAGCAAAUCAUUCGGCCGAGUUCCUGAAAAUGCUUGCCGAAAUCGUUCAUCAUUCCGAUGCGGAUUUGGAUCAUUUGGUAGAAAAGGCAUGCACACAAAUGGAAAAGAAUGUUUAUGAAAAAGAUUACGUGAAGUUGGACAAAGCAGACAACUCACGUCAAAUUGUCGUUGCCACAAAGAGGAGGGGACCCGAAAGGUUUAUUAAAGUGGCUAAUGCUCAAGAAGACGAAUUCAUCAAUCAAAACAGUGUCAUCAAAUUGACUGUGCGCGGAACAAAAGAUUUUCGAAAACUCAUCGAGACAAUAGCAAAGAAAAAUGGCAAGUAUUGGAUCGUUUCGGACAAAUUGUGCCGUGAAUUUGGAAUCAAAAACAAGAUUCAUCCACUUAUGCUGAAAAAAUCGGUUGAUACGGCUUCUGGAAAGGAUCAAGCAGAUACCAAAAGAGCCACCCCAAGAGCUUCUACGGAUAUUAUUAUGCUUUCGGACUCGCCAACAAAAAAAAAGACAAUUUCAAAAGCUUCCGACGAAAGCCGUAAAAAGUUGAAAGAGCAGGCAGCUUCAACAUCCACAUCGGCGGCGAAAGCAAAAGCUGAAACAAAAAAAAGGCAGCCUACAAAGAAACAGAAAAAGGUUGAGGAGAAGGAAGAAAAGAACCAGGAUAAGACCAAAAAAAGUGUCAAGCUUGCCAAUGAUAUAAAGAAAAAGGAGAAGCGGAAAUCAUUCUUCAAUAAUUCCGCAGCUGCAUCGAUCAAAACUGGUUCACCUUUUCUUAAUCCUCAAAAACGAGCUGAGAAGAAAUUUGAAGCGCUACUUGGAAAACUUCGCAAAGAGUUUACAAAGGGCACAAAAGAUACUUUUAUUGCAUUGGUCAAUCGUUCAGCUAAAGAGAUAACGCCUGAACAGGCUCGAGCAAUUGAUGAAAGUUUAAUUAAAUACUUUGUUAUGCGUGCGCAUCGGACUUCAACUCGAAAGGAGGCACUAUCGAAAGUUUCGCCAUCAAAAAAGGCAGCACAAAAGGCAGAGCUACAAGCUAACCUCGAAAAGGGCGAGAGACACGAGUAUAUGAUGAACUUGCAACUGUUAAAGGCACAUUUUAUUGAAAUAUCUCAACGCGAGGAUUUGUCAGUGUGCAUAAUGAGGCUGGAACUCGACAAUAUGGUUUCUGAAGAGGAAUCAUUCUCUAAUGUAUUGGCUUUGUCUCAAGCUUACUACUCGUUGAAGCGUUUUCUCGAUCACGAGCAUUAUUUGGGAGCAGAAUUUCUGUAUACUUCGAUGAAAGAUGGAUUUACCGGCUUUUCGGUCGGACUUGGACUCAUACUGCAAUCAUUUUUUGCUAUUCUACAACAGAGUAAAUCUUUGAAGAUGCAACACUUCGGACAAAGGCUGGAACACUAUACAAUUGAUAUUUUAAGUCUUUCGGAGAUCUGCAGGUCAACGCUUAUUGGAGAGAUUGAAAAGCAAAAAGAUGGUGCUGAAGAUGCUCAACUGGAUGCCGACGAUGCGAAAGAUUGUGAUUCGGUUGAUAAAUCCGUUGUUGAGGAUCUGCUUACGAGGUUUACUUCGGAUGUCGAAUUUUGGAGUCUCUCAUUGGACGAUCAAUUGGCCAUUGUAUUACUCAUCAUGGACAAAGUGUUGGAUACCGACACAUACAACGAUUAUAUCUACGCCAGUGCUUCUGAAGAGCUCAAAGAAAAAUCUGAGAAAGAGAAAAACAAGCUUUCUCGACUCAAAGAAGAGCUUGCAGCAAUUCCUAUUGAAGAAGAGCCAGAUUACGCUAACAUGGAAAGAAGUCAAACACGAGCACUUGAACGGAACAAAAAACGACGAGAAGAACUUGAUGAAAAGAUUACUCGUUGUGAAGACAAUGUCAAUGAUUUGAAAGCUGAAAUUCAGGCUGAGCAAGAUUACCGGAAAUUUGCAAUGCGAAAUAUGUACUUUGGCAUGGAUCGGCAUUUUCGUCGUUACUAUUUUUUUGGCGAACAAUCACCUAAUCACGCUGUCUGGGUUCAUGAUUUGGGGACAACGGCAGAGGAAGUCAUUUUCAAAAAACUAGCACUUGUUGCAAAUGAUCCAGAACACAAUGAAGAAGAUGAAGACAAAUUAAAGGUUGAUCCAAAGGAAAGAUGGUUCUGUUUGAGAAAAGCUGAAGAUAUUACGGAGUUGUCAGUGCGCUUGAAUACGGUUGGAUCUCGUGAAAAGUCGCUAAAAGAGGAGCUGGGAAAAAUGGAGCCUUUGAUUAACGCGCAGAAGAAAUAUGAACAACAUAGACGACAGAUUCAAGAAAAGAAAUCCGGAAGUCCCAUCAACCCUGCGAGUUCAUCCCUUGAGGCUCUGAAGGAUUCAUUGACAACUUUUGCUAAUGAAAUUUUCACGAAUCGUUUAUCUUCUCUAAAAGAAUCGGAAGUGUUUAAUACACGAAUCAAAACUGUCGAAACUAUGAAGUGCACGAAAGAGCUUCUCCGUGAACUCGUUGAGUCGAUUCAGCCAUCUGCAAUCUCACCAGUUCUUGCCGGUGUUUUCGCAUCAACUACCUUUACAUUGCCAAAGUGGAUCGGCUUUCUUGAAGGUGCAAAUACAUGUUCUGGACUAUCUAUGCUGCUUGAUGUUGUGCACAGUCGUAUCAAUUGGGAGUCAUCUGUCAAUAGUAAGAGAUGCAAAAAGUGUGGCAGAAAAAAUAAUAUUGACGAAAAACUGCUUUGUCGAAAAUGCGGAACUUGUUACCAUAUCUACUGUGUUCGACCUCGACCGGAAAAUGUUUCGCUUGACUGGCUCUGUUUUGGCUGUAUUCCAGUGCAACCGGCCGAGUCUGAAAAUUUCAACCUCGACGGUCUUCUUGGCAGACAUAAUAGAAAAAACUCGGAAGAAUUUGAAGAUUGCUUUUCUACUAAGGAUCUAAGACCAAUCCGCAAAAGGGCAUACAUUGAUGAGUCCGAUGCUGCGAGCAGCGAAGAUGAGUACGAGCCUCGUGGACCUUCUGCUAGAACUCGGCGUAAAGAUGUCAAGCCUGUUAGCGCUCAACAAAAGUUCAUUGUCGAAUUAUAUGAGCAAAUCAAGGCUAAACGAAUUUACACAUCAUUGUCUAAUCUCAACAUUCCGCGUCCUUCUCGCAGCCAUAGAGACGAGGUCUUAUCUGUGAAUGGGAUUGAGAAAAAGAUUGAUGAGGGAUCGUUUCGCUAUUUAGAUGAGUUCAAACAAAAUUUCAAGAAGUUACUUGAUGUGGCAAGAGAUCAAUUGGCCGGGCGAAAAUUGGAGCAAAUUGACGAUUUAGAAGUUCUCUUAAAUGAAGUCACUUAC